AUGAAGAUGCUCUGCCCCCCUCGCACCCCCACCCCCAAAGAUACCUGGUACUCUUCUGGUGGCCAGCAGGCUCCCAGAGUUUGUGGUAGACCUAUUAUGUCCCGCUUCAGGCCGGACUUAUUCAGGAUAGUAGGAGGGCAAGACAGCACACCCGGCACCUGGCCUUGGCAAGUGAGCUUGCAGCGACCCCCUUAUCAUUUCUGUGGGGGUUCCCUCAUUGCCAGCCAAUGGGUUCUAACUGCAGCGCACUGCUUUGCAAAUAUGGAUACAACCAAUCUGUUUGUGGGGCUUGGUUUUCAAGACCUGUCUGGCUUCAACAACAAUGCUGUGACCAUUCCAGUGUCCAGGAUCAUACGGCACCCCAGCUUUAGUUCAAGUACAUUCAAUAAUGACAUUGCACUACUUCAGAUGAGCGCCCCAGUUACCUUCACGGACUACAUCAGGCCUGUCUGCCUAGCAGAUGGCAACAGUGUGUUCCAUACCGGCACAGAGAGUUGGGUCACUGGCUGGGGGCACAUUCAGGAAGGAGUGUCAAACCCAGCUCCUGGAACUCUACAGGAAGUUGAUGUGCCUGUCAUAGGAAACAGACAGUGUAAAUGCUACUAUGGCAGAUAUAUUACUAACAAUAUGAUCUGUGCUGGUUAUGUCGCUGGGGGCAAAGAUGCAUGCCAGGGAGAUUCAGGUGGUCCAAUGGUGAUUGAACAGAACUCAGUUUGGAUCCAGUCAGGAAUAGUCAGUUUCGGCCUUGGAUGUGCUCGACCAAAUUAUCCAGGAGUUUACGCCAGGGUGUCAUCUUACAAGUCCUGGAUUGAGUCCCACACCAGCAAUGAUCCACCAAGCUACGUCCACUUCUCCUCGACUGGGGUGGAUGCUGAUAGCAGUUUCACGUGUUAGAGGAGCACAAUGACUUCACCUGAAAGUGAAAGCCCAACUGGGAAACUCCAACUCCCAUUGUCAUUGUGACACAGAACACAAGUGGUCACUGCACACUGAACACAACGAAAUUGCAUUUAUGACUCACCCCUGCAAGGGGGCAGCCCCCAAUGGGUUUCCAUGGGAGCAGUGCGGCAGGAUGGUACCAUGCUCAGGGUACCUCAGUCAUGGAGGAGGGUGGGGAUGAGCACUGGUUAAUUACUCCCCCCACCUUUCCUGGCGGGUCGGGAGUCGAACCGGCAACCUUUGGGCUACAAGUAUGACACCUUAACCACUUACCCAUGACUGCCCUUUCAACUGCAGUGACAUCCAUCGUGUGCAGGAGCUAAUUAAGCAUCUAAAAACUCUCUCUCUCUCACUCUGAGAAAGAACUUGUAUUAAUGUGAGUGGUUGUGUGUGUGUGUGUGUGUGUGUGUGUGUGUGUGUGUGUGUGUGUGUGUGUGUGUGUGUGUGUGUGUGUUAUUUAAGUGAAUAUUUUAUUGA